AUGUCCAGCCAAAAAGUAGAAGCUGGCGAGAAUGAGAGUAAAUUGAUAGAUCUAGAUAGUAUAUUAGUAAAUGAAGUGGGUUCGUUUGGUCGGUAUCAGAUACUGACAGUGUUAUUGGCGGCAUUACCUGUCAUAUUUUCAGCUUUUGCGGCUGGAGAGUACAUCUUCACUAUCGCCAGGAUACCAAGCAGAUGUUUAAUUCCACAAUGUGACGGUGAAAAUCCAGAAUUUGCCCCAAGCUGGGUAUUAAAUGCUAUUCCGGGAUCAAGUAGAGACAACUUUGAAGCGUGUGAAAGAUAUCCCAACAGUUCUCAAGUGAUCGAGGCAACCGACGUGUGUCCCGCGGCUUGGUUCGACCGAUCGCAGACUGUGCCUUGUGAGAGAUAUGUGUAUGAGAAUACUCUUACUGUGGUGUAUGAUUUUGAUAUGGCGUGUGACGAAUGGAAGCGUUCACAAAUCGGUUCCAUCCGUACAAUCGGUACUUUACUUGUUCUUCCCAUCACCGGAUAUAUUUCUGACCACUGGGGCCGACGCGUCGCUCUCACUCUCAACGCCUUCAACACUGCUUGGAUUGGUCUCGUGCGGUCUUUUGUGAACUCUUACGAGUGGUUCCUUGCACUUGAAGUUAUUGAAUCUACUUUAGGUGCUGUAACAGAGUUGGUGGGACCAAAGUAUCGUGUAAUCGUCGGAGCCACUAUGUCUACAAUGUUUGCACUUGGACAAGUGUUCCUCGGGCUAAUCGCUUGGGGAGUGCAGCCGUGGCGCACUCUUACACAGGUGCUGUACGCACCACAGUUACUUGUCGUUUCCUACUUCUGGAUUCUUUCAGAAUCUGUGCGUUGGCUCAUGAGCAAGGGUCGCUACGAAGAGUCUGAAGCGAUCUUGAAAAAAGUGGCUAAGGUAAAUAAGAGGGAGUUGUCAGAAAAAUCUUUGCAACUUCUCCGAGAAUCGGCAGAGGCCGAAAAACUUAUUGAAAAGCCUAAAGAGACUUGGCUAGUAGUAUUAGUUUUCAGAUCAAAAAUUAUAUUAUCUAGAUGCUGUGUUGCACCUAUUUGGUGGAUAACUAAUACUUUGGUGUAUUACGGAAUGUCCAUCAAUGCAGUGAAUUUGUCAGGAAAUAGAUUUUUGAACUAUGUGUACGUAGCUGCGGUGGAAAUUCCUGGAUACUGGACAGCUAUUUUACUAUUGGACAGAAUUGGAAGAAAACCUGUGUUGAUUGGUGGAUAUUGGCUUUGUGCGGCGUGCCAGUUUGGGUUUGCGUUUAUCCCAACAGGCUAUGAAGAACUGUCUCUAACAGUGUAUUUAAUUGGCAAGUUCUCCAUCGCCAUGGUGAUGACGUCAAUAUAUGUGUACACAGCCGAGUUAUUCCCUACCAGAUAUCGUCACAGUUUGCUCGCCUUCGCUUCUAUGUUAGGUCGACUGGGAUCUAUCACUGCGCCGCUUACACCAGCCCUGGCCCUCGAAGUCUGGGAAAGUCUGCCAUCAGUACUAUUCGGAUCAAUGGCUCUAUUAUCAGGACUGCUUAUUUUCACUACGCCUGAAACACUUGGCACUAACUUACCUAACACCAUAGAAGAAGCAGAACAACUUAGCUCUAAGAAAAAAGUUACUGCA